AUGGCGGUGCUGCAGCUCAUCCUGGCGCAGGAGGAUGAGCGUGCUCGUGAGGGAUGCCAAGGAGGCCACUGCCGCUCGAGGCCACUGCCGCUCGUGAGGGAUGCCAAGGAGGCCACUGCCGCUCGUGAGGGAUGCCAAGGAGGCCACUGCCGGAUUCAGACCCUACGUUUAGUGCAGCCCAUAGCAGGGUCGGUGGCGGACCAAUCAGCAGUGAGAGCUGCUCUCAGGGGCUCUCAGGGGCUCUCAGGCAGUGGUCGUCAUAGGGCGGCGCCCUCUUCCCUGCAUUUUUUUCGCGUUUCUCGCACCUCACGUUUUUCUGCUCUUUCCAUCCCCUCUGCUCCUAUAUCCCCAUGCCUCCCUGCCUUCACCUCUUUUUCCGACGCUACCCCUCCCUGUCCCACUGCUGCUCCCGUCAGCUGGCGCACUGGCUCAGCUGCUGCAGGGCAGCAGGGUGCAGCACGUUGUGCUCGUGCCACAGCUGGGAGCCUCCUCGCGCCCGUCGGGUCUGGCGGGGCUGCUGUGGUCCGCAUCGCCACUAGCAGCAGCGGCAGAGGCAGAGGCAGAGGCAGUACUCGUAAAGUUGUAGCAGCAAGCGGUGACGGGGAGAGGGGAGGUGAGCAGCCGGGGAGGCGCGGAGGCAGGGGUUUGGGUGCACGGUGGUCAGAUCGACACAGUGAAGGAAUUAACUGUCAGGAGGAGAAUGUGGCAGUGGUGCUCUUCCUCCCCUCUUCCAAUCCCCAUGGUCUCGUCUCAUCAGGUCUCCCCCCACCAUCCCCUCAGCACGAGGGCGGCGCCACGAGGGGCAGCGUGUCAAGGGAGGAUCUGGCAGCCGUGGUGGCGGCAGCGCUGGCAGUGCCACCGCCCUCCCAGCACAGACGGGUCAUUGAGGUGGGCGUGUGGGUGGGAUGA